AUGAAAGACUUACCCCGUCAUCAUCUGGUGAAAACAAAAAGCUUCCCUGGAGACUUGCUGCUGCGUCUGGCGCUCCUUCAGUGUCCCCCAAUGUCUACGUCUCGUGUCGGGCUUCUUGCUGCUGGUGCACCUUCAAGAACUGCCCGUUGCCUCUAUCUUCUUCCAAAAACUGAAAAAAAACAUUGUUUUGUAACAAUUUAUCCAUUUGCAGAAUUUCUAGAACCACUUUUGAGACUGCCAAAUUUGCAUCGCCAGUGCAUGAGGUGUUUGUGCCACGUGGCCACGGAAUGUGACUUGACCAGGGGCUGCGUGAAAGGCUAUUGCGGCCCCUAUAAAAUCAGCAAAAUUUAUUGGAAGGACGCCAGUGAGGUCACCCUACCUGAUGAUGACAAAGAACGAGCAGGAGCUUACGAAGACUGUGCCUUAUCAUACCAAUGUGCCCAAAGAAUAGUACUAAACUACAUAGCUAAAUACGGAAGGGAUUGUAAUAAUGACGGUGUCACCGACUGUGAUGACUACAUGAUGAUCAACUUCAACGGUGGAUACCAGUGUCAUCCGCCACUGAACAGAAGUGAAGCAGGAGUAGGAUGGUUACAAAGAUACAAAGCAUGUAAUCCUAAGUUAUACUGAAUGCUACAUUGUGUUAUAUACUUUUAAAAUACUUGUAAAUUACAAAUAGUUAUAAUAAAAUUUUGUGUGUGUUUUUAUAGCAGAAAA